UCAGCGCCAUCAUGUGUUGAAUUUUCGUAAAUAGCCACGUCACUCGAGUUGUUUGUCGUGUGUAUUCCCAUAAAAUUAGUUAAAAUAUGAACAUUUUUCGUUUAACGGGAGAUUUGGCCCAUCUCCUAGCCAUAAUAAUUCUUCUGUUGAAAAUAUGGAAGACGAGGUCGUGUGCAGGUAUUUCCGGCAAGAGCCAAAUCCUCUUUGCAAUAGUAUACACCACAAGAUACUUGGACUUGGUGACGACUUAUGUGUCAGCUUACAACACCCUCAUGAAGAUUUUCUUCCUCGCAUCAUCGUUUGCCACUGUUUACUUAAUUUAUGUCAAGUUUAAGGCCACUUAUGAUCACAACCAUGACACUUUUCGAAUCGAAUUUCUCAUUCUGCCAGCUGUUAUUUUGGCCCUUUUGAUAAAUCACGCAUUUACGCCUCUUGAAAUCUUAUGGACUUUUAGUAUUUAUUUAGAAUCUGUGGCUAUUUUGCCACAACUAUUCAUGGUCAGUAAGACUGGUGAAGCUGAAAGUAUUACUUCCCAUUAUUUGUUUGCGUUGGGAUCCUAUCGGGGGCUCUACAUUUUGAAUUGGAUCUAUCGUUAUGCAAUGGAAAGCCAUUACGAUUUAAUUGCUAUAGUUGCAGGAAUCGUACAGACGGUUCUUUAUUGUGACUUUUUCUAUCUCUAUAUCACUAAAGUUCUUAAAGGCAAAAAGUUGCAAUUGCCAGCUUAGAGGGUUUUUUUUGUACAAACGAGUCGUUGUGUAAUUUUUCCUUGAAAUAAAUAUUGUUUUAAGUGAGUUUUUCAAGUUGGUUUUACUUUUUCUACGUGUUGAUGGCAUUAAACUAGGAAUUCAUCAUUCUGUGAUUUUUUUUAUAAAUUGCUUGUUUAAAAAGUAAAAGAUGGAACUGCUUUCAUAUGAAAAAGUCAUAUUAUAUGUGACUUUUAUUCUCAUCAGGAAACAUGCUGUGUACAUAGUUACUAGACUUCCUAGUUUUGAUAAUUGUUACACCGUAUUUUGAUUUUUGCUUCCGACAAAAAUGUAAUUUUAUGUAAUAAAUUUAUUUCGAUUUU